AUGGUGGCGCAAUUAGAUCCGCUGCUAGGAGAACAUGGCGGGGGAGUGAAAGGAGCUGCUAGCAGCGCCCCGGUGUUGUUACCCGAGUGGGCACACCCCUUUCCGACACCGCACCAAUCGCUAUGCGAGGAGAGAGCAAGAAGCACGCCUCCUCUGCAUCCGCCAAUCCCGACGAAACGACUGCCUCUCUGGCCCCGCCUCUGCCAAUCAGAAGCGACACAAACACUUGGGGUCACGCCCGCUUCCGCAGGCAGCCCAAUCGGAACAGACACAAACAGCGGGCACGCCCCCGUCUCCGAGUCACGGGCCCGCAGUGCGAAGCGAUGGUACGGGACAGGCCGUUCUCCCUGUGAGCGCCACCGGCCAAUCAGAAGGCACAAAAACAGCCCCGGCCACGCCCCCGCUCUCUCCGCAGCCAAUCGAGGGGGACGUAAACAGGCAGUGGUGCGCCCCCUGGUGGUCGGCGGCGCACUGGUGAGCAGGCACGCGUCGCCUGCUAUGGAAGGGCCGGCGCCGGGGCCCAGGCUCGGGCCCGUGGUGGCCGGGCUGCCAGCCGCGGCGGCGGAGGGACCCGGUGGCGAGGCGGCGGGACAGAGACGGGACGAGCGCAGCCUGGAGGCGCUGAGCCUGGCUGCUGGCGGAGCGGCGUCGGUGGCGCGACAGCAGCUGCCGGAGGGGCGGCGGGCGACGCUGGCGAGCGCCCUGGAGCUGGAGGGGACGGUGCUGCGCGAGGGGCGCCUCACCCAGUUCGUAGCCAACAACCUGGAGCGGCGGAUCCGGCUGAGUGGCGCCCCGAGGGGCGAGCUCCCGGCGGCAGCGGCGGCGGGGGCCGGCUGCUCCAUCCCCGCCAUCGACCCCGGGGCGCUGCAGGACGUGGUGGCCCUGGCCGGGCAAGUGGCGGCGCAGGUGGACGAGCUGCUGCGCAACGUGCACUGCGGGCUGCAGGCCUUGACGGCCCUCAGCGUCGGCUGCAUUCAGACCUACCGCGACGGCGUGGAGAGCCUGGGCGAGGCCGCCGACCUCAGCAUCCGCGCCAUGUACGCGCUGGUGGCGCGCUGCGAGGAGCUGGACCGCGCCAUGCAGCCCGUGCCCGCCCUGGCCAAGCGCAUCCGCGACAUGAAGGGCACCCUGGAGCGGCUGGAGGGGCUCUGCAAGUAGCGCCGCCCCGGCGGGGGUCGCCGCCCCGCCGCACUGCCCCCGGUGCGUUGAGCGACGAGCCGCCGGGGAUGCCGUUGCAGUGCCAGUGGCGCGGCCGCUGGGCCUGCUCCGGGCGCUGGACGGGGCUUGGUCGCUCCGACAGGCCCCGGCUCGGCGGCUGCCCGCCCUGCCAGGCCUCACGCCGGGGCUGCCAAAGGCCGUCCUUCAGGCGGCAGCUCUUCCGCCCCGGUAGACCCGCCGCCGGGCCCGCUCUCCACCUGUACGGCCUUCCUCUCCCUCUGUGCGCCGUACGUCACCAGCCGAGAUCCGUAGCCAGUUCGCUGGUAUUAAUGUGGAGGAAGUGAGAUAUUUGCAACUGAUGAAGGAAAAGGUCCUAGUUGAAAUCGCGGGGUAAAUGGCAAACGGUGCUUCUUAGCUUCAGCUCAUUAAAAGAAUUUGGAUUCCACAUGCCUUAUGCUUUCUAUUUAUUGAGGGCUAGGAAAAGCUAACCAAUCUUAAUGAAAAGCAGCUGUUAAUAUUUUGUUUUAAACCAUAUUUGAAAUUGUUGUGAACACUUGCUUGCUGCUUACAGGCAUACAUGCUUAUUUGUAAUUGACUUGGUGCCUGAUGAGUAAUUCUCGUGCUGUUACAGCAAGUAAGGACACAGAACGCUGCUGUCUCUUACAGGACACAAUUUUAAGGGAAGAGGAAAUUUAAUAUAUAUAGCAAAGACACUUGCUUACAGAGAAUAUAAAAUCCAUGGAAUAUAAUUGAGAUUCAGAUAACAAAUCUACAUGCAGAGUUCUAAAUAAAAGCCUUCAGAUAAAAUGUG